CUAACUUGACAGCGGUGGUGUUUCUGCGGGUUGCUGGACGCGGUGGAUAGCAGCCGGAUAGAAAUCUAUAAAGAUGGCCUCAGCAACAGCGACCUACGGGCAGAAGGAGUCUUCGGACCAAAACUUUGACUAUAUGUUCAAGAUCCUCAUCAUUGGCAACAGCAGUGUGGGCAAAACCUCAUUUUUGUUCCGCUAUGCCGACGACUCCUUCACACCGGCAUUCGUCAGUACAGUGGGCAUUGACUUCAAGGUGAAGACCAUCUACAGGAAUGACAAGAGGAUCAAACUACAGAUCUGGGACACGGCAGGUCAGGAGCGUUACCGCACCAUCACCACGGCCUACUACCGAGGAGCCAUGGGCUUCAUCCUCAUGUAUGACAUCACCAAUGAGGAGUCCUUCAACGCGUCGACUCAGAUUAAGACGUACUCGUGGGACAACGCCCAGGUGCUGCUGGUAGGAAACAAAUGCGACAUGGAUGACGAGCGAGUGGUGGGCGGCGAUAGAGGCCGGCAGCUGUCUGAACACCUCGGUUUUGAGUUCUUCGAGGCCAGCGCCAAGGACAACAUCAAUGUGAAGCAGACCUUUGAGCGCCUGGUCGACAUCAUCUGUGAAAAGAUGUCUGAGAGCUUGGACGCCGGAGAUCCCGCCGUCACAGGGGCCAAACAGGGGCCCCAGCUGACAGAGCAGCCUGCUCCUCCUCACCAGGACUGUGCAUGUUAAAGCUGACUACUCCCCCAAAACCCUUUUCCUCCCUCUCUCUCUUUGUCCUCCUUCAACUGGACCCCAGGGCCUCUGGUCCAUACUCCCAUCACCCUUCUCACUCACUUUCCUGCUUCUUUCUGUAACCUAGUAAGGAUAUUGGCUGAGGGGAGCCAAGAACCAGGUUGAAAUGGGUCUGAAAUGCUCUGAGGUGUUAUGGAACAGUGCUUGGGGUGUGUUUGCUUCUGGUUCUUUCUCAAAAAGGGAGCUAAAAGGUUUCAGUGCAGGUGUUGGUCUGAUGGCAAAGCCAGUUCAAUUAAACCAGAGUGUUUCAGACUAUUUGCAGCCCAGGUUCUUGAAGUUUCCCGACCCAUCUUCCGUUGUCUCCCUGUUCCUCAGUGUGUUUUUACAAGAAGGAUUUGACGGCGUCCGUCCUCAGAGUGCCAUUUAAAUCCUUCAGAUGUUUACAGUACUUUGUUUCAUGUCAGUCAAAUGUUUUGAAAAGAUGUCAGCCUCAGAUACGGUGACCAGGAAGGCCACAGUGGAGUUAAUGAAGGAGCUGAUAUCUGCUCCAUACUGAUGUGUUACAUCUCUUAUACGAUUCUGGAUACACACAGAAUCAAACAUACAUGGAUCUGUGUUUCAUUUGUUGUCUCACCUGGUAUCUAAACAUGGAUUUAUCAAGUGUUUUGUUUUCAUUAUCCAUCUGAGCCUUUUCAUUUGGCCUUUUUUUUAUGUUUUUACAUUUCUUUUUUUGUAUUCUGGUGCCCCAUUUAAUCUUUUCAUACAUACAACACUGAGUGAGGAAAAUAUGAACAAGAGCUAGUUAAAAAAAAUAGCAAAAACAUUAAGAGACACAUUUUAUUUAAUUAUAUUUAUUUCAAAUGUACAUAUAAAUGUUGUGCAAUAUAUAUAAUAUCUACAGGUAUGCAUUUCUGGAAAUGAAUUUUAAAAGGAAUGAAGUUCUAUGAGGAUAGUAUCAAAUAUAAGAGGUCUAUGUUGUAGGGUUUGUUUGGAUGAUGUGUGGCAGCUCCUGCUGUGAGUCGUUUCAUUUCCCCCGUCGGUUUGGUCUUAUGCUGCUUUCCUGAGAUGUUGCAAAGUCAGAAAUUCAAACUUCUUGCUAAGAAAAAUGCAGUGAAAUAAUUACCCUUUGAGUCUGAAUUACAAGUUGGAUAUUUACCAAUGUGUUUAUCACCCUCCAAAUCCCCUCAGUGUGAUUUGCAGCACUGCUGCUAAUAAAGGGAAACAUCUUAAAAUGGCUCCAAUAUUAGAGGAAGACGCUUGCUUGAGAAACUUUGUGCUGCAUCAUAAAUGUUGUUUUAAGCCAGACAAUGGCUGUAGUGAAGUUGACAUCAGAAGUUUUUUAAAAUAAUCAAACAAUUUAAGUGUUUUCAGAAAGCUCAAACUAAUCUAAGUUUAGCAAAAGCAAUGUAAUUAGGGUGGUAAAUUAUUUGAUGCUUUUUGUCCCAACGGCCUCAAGGUGUUACUGCCCCUGCUGUCACUAACAGACAAUGUAAAAAUGUAAAGAUAUUUGUGCAAUACAAUUUGUGCUCGCUAACAAUGCUACAUAUUGAUAUUACAGUAUUUUACAUCGGGCAGAAAGAAAGUCCUGCUGGUGUUUGUGAAGCACUGAGGUUGAAAUUAUGUCGUUAUAAAAGCUGAUAGCUGUUUGUAUAAUCACAGCUAAUUUAUCAAAUAUCCUCUAACAAAUAUCAUUCAAACUACUGACAAUUCUCUAAAAGAUGAUGGAGUAAGUUGAGAGGAUGAAAAUCAUGUUUUUUUGUUGGAUCAUUUUUAUGGUAUUUUGCCUUUAUCUGAUAGUUUGAGGGAGUGAAAGGAAGAAACAUCUGGAGAGAAUUGGAUGACAUACAGUAGACGGCAAGCGGAAACAGGUACGUUGCUGUUACAUAGAUCGCUUGGCCACUAGGACAGAGGUUUGAGUUUUAACAUCACUUAAACUACUGACAGUUUCUUACUGAUUAAUUAAAAGUUUAUUGACAGUACAGCAACUAUACAGGAACUUGUCUUGCUGGUGGUGAGGCUUUGUUGCUGUUUAGAUGUUAGUUGCACUGAAGGAGACUGUAUCCAGGCUCAGACCUGUAAUGUGUUUGCAGUUCACAUGUUUAAAUGCACAUUUGAUGGUACUGGAAAGACUAGAUUGCAAUAUCAUUAGUCAUGUAUGUGCUGAUCUCUUCUAUGUCCCUGAGCCUGCAGGACUAUGUUAGGUCAAGCUACACGCCAACACUCAGUGAUUGAACAUUUUUGUUGCUUAGUGACAAAAAGCCCAUAAUAAGACGUCUCCAGAAUAAGUAUUACAGAGUCUGUUUGUGUGUAAUGUUAUCUCCAAUGCUCAGUCUUCAGGUGAAGUAACAACCAUCAAACAGCUGGAGGCUGAAAUGUUCAGGUAGCUGCUGAGUAUCUAACGCUACUUUUGAGUCAAUACAGGAAUUAAAUUGUCUGCUCUGUGGUUCUGCGCUGUGUAACCACACUGCACUUCUGCUGACAGCUGUUUUUAUGUCUACAUAGCUUUACUCUUUCUGGGCUAACAUCAUCUCCCCUCAGAAAGUUUUAAUACAGUUUCCACAGUUUAAACUGGUUUGCCAGGUAUUCCUUCUUUUCACUUCACCAAAGAUUGCUGUAGAAGCAGCUCCCUGUUUUUGCUGUAGGGUGCCAGAAUGAGCAGUUUGACCAGUUUUAAACUGUAAUAAAACUGUAAUAAAACGAGUGCUUCAUGGUGGAAGUGAAUUCUGGUCAUUCACACCAUCAUUUUAUGUCAUUGUUUUUACAGGAUUGUUGGUGGUUCUGGUAAAAACAGAUAAAGAGGAUGGCAGCUAUGGAUUGGGGUGGGCAAAGCACUAUAAAAAAUCAUUGUGGUGGUCAAAAUCAUGAACUUCAUAGAAUCAUGUGUCUUUGACUAAAUAUUUAAAGCAAAUAUGAAUCAAAAAGCAUUUAUUUUGAGUAACUGUUGCAUCAGUCAGCUGGCAAGUGUAGCAUACGAACCUGAAAUCACAGACGAGCCACUGACUAUUAACGCUUGAGUUCCUAUCAGAAAGGGAGCGAUGAUCACGACAAACCUGGGAGACGUUUUUCUGAUCCUGCGUAUAUAUAUUUUACUUCUUACUGGUUGUGACUGUUUUCUUUUUCCGGUAAAAAUCCAAACUUUUAAACUGUUCUCCUUUCUAAUAUGUCUUCCUCUCUAUAUAAACCAGAUCUGUAAAUACUGUACCUUUGAGUCAUAUGUGUGGAUUGUGUUGUAUCGACUCAGGCUUGCAACAAAAAAAAAAACAACAAGGAGGAAAAAAAAGAGGAAAAAAGUCAACAGCAUCAGUAAAAAAAACUAAAAACCCCCAAAAGAGCCACGUUGUACUGUAUCUUCAUUCAUUUCUAGGCUUGCUUGUGAACGAAUGUGUCACUCUGUUACAAAGCAAUACACACAACAGUAAGAAAUGCCAUCCAGCUUGGUAGAGGUUGCCGACUUUAGAUCUUCUACUAGCACGCAGAAACAUGUACUUUAUUUGGUCUCGUAUCACUGCCUCUUCAAAUCCUCCUCAGUUUGGGCCAUUUAAGAUGAGAGAAAAUGCUGUGGAUGUUUUUAUCUGUACUUUGUGGUAAAACA